UUUUAAGUUUAAUCUGGAAAUUACAUAUUCAUUUCAACUUAAUACUUCUUUUCUUUCUUCAAGUUGUUAUAACCUCCGUUUCUUUGGUUUUCUUACUGUUUUGAAUCUAAGUAUGGCCACUAGUUUACCCGUUCAAAUGGCCCUCAAACAAAACGGGUCCUUACCUCCAGGUGUAGUCAGCAUGGGAGGACCCCCAAUUCCAGGAGCUGGUGCUACAGCACCAGCGCCUCCUACCCUUGUUGCUGGCCAUCCAUCUCAGACCUUGCAUGCCAUGGCCCAUGCGUCCAAUGGAGCAGCUGCCAAUGCUUCGCUACCUCCAGGAUCUACACCAUCGAGUAAUCCCGCCGUGGCAGCGGCGGUUAGUGCACCAACUAACGGGAAUGCUCAAGAUACUAUAUCCAACAUUUUAUCAGAAACCACUGCGGCCACUUGGUUAGCAAUUGGGUCCUUGGCCGAAAGUAUAGGGGAUUUCGAUAAAGCUUUAACGUCUUAUGAGUCGGCAUUAAGACAUAGUCCAAACUCUCCAGAAUGUUUAACUAAAUUGGCCAAUAUUUUCCGGUUCAAAGAUGUUUUUUUCAAGGCUGCUGAAUUGUAUGAACAAGCGCUUAAUUUUAACCCGGAAAAUGGUGAAACUUGGGGGUUAUUAGGUCAUUGUUAUUUGAUGUUGGAUGAUUUACAAAGGGCUUAUGCUGCUUACCAACGAGCUUUAUACUAUUUAGAUAAUCCCAAUGUUCCUAAAUUAUGGCAUGGGAUUGGGAUUUUAUAUGAUCGUUAUGGCUCAUUGGAAUACGCCGAAGAAGCUUUUGUAAGGGUUUUAGAAUUGGAUCCAAAUUUCGAUAAAUCAAAUGAAAUUUAUUUCAGAUUAGGAAUUAUUUAUAAACAUCAAGGUAAAUUACAAAGUGCUUUGGAAUGUUUCCAAUAUAUCUUAUCAAAUCCUCCUCAUCCUUUAACUCAACCGGAUGUUUGGUUCCAAAUUGGGUCGGUUUUGGAACAACAAAAAGACUGGAAUGGCGCUAAAGAUGCUUAUGAAAAGGUUUUACAAGUUAAUCCUCAACACGCUAAAGUUUUACAGCAAUUGGGCUGUUUGUAUUCUCAAGCUGAUUCGUCUCCCUCUUCUAAUACUCCAACAAAUUCAAACUCAAAUAAUAAAGAUGUUUUCACCCAAGAUUUAAAUAUUGCUCUUAAAUACUUAACUCAAUCGUUAGAAAUUGAUCAAAGUGAUGCUCAUUCUUGGUAUUAUUUAGGUAGAGUUCAUAUGAUUAGGGGUGAUUUUAAUAGUGCUUAUGAAGCUUUCCAACAAGCUGUUAAUCGUGAUUCUAGAAAUCCAACUUUUUGGUGUUCUAUCGGGGUUUUAUAUUAUCAAAUUAGUCAAUAUCGUGAUGCUUUAGAUGCUUAUACUAGAGCUAUUAGAUUGAAUCCUUAUAUUUCUGAAGUUUGGUAUGAUUUAGGUACUUUAUAUGAAACUUGUAAUAAUCAAAUUAGUGAUGCUUUAGAUGCCUAUAGACAAGCUGAAAGAUUAGAUCCUGGUAAUCCUCAUAUUAAAGCUAGAUUAGAUCAAUUAAUUAAAUAUCAACAAGAAGGUAAUACUCAUCCUCCUCAGCCUCCUCCUGUUAAUCAACAACCAAGACUUCCUCAAGGUAUGGUCUUGGAAAGUAAUCAACAAGACCAACAACAUCAACAACAUCAACAACCUCCUCAGCAAAUUCCCCACCAUCAACCAAACCAACACUUGAACGUAAAUCAUCAUGAUCCUCCUCAAAUCUUACACCAAGCUUCUCCUCAACCUCCUCAACAAAUUCAUCAACAACCUCCAGUUCAAGUUCAUUAUCAACCACCUCCUCCUCAACCUCAGGUACCGCAACAACAACAACAGCAACAGCAACAGCAACAACAGCAACAGCCUCCUCAACUGGUCCAACCGGUCCAACCUUCGAAAGAUGCUCAGACUACUCAAGCAACUACCUCUAAUCAACCUUCAAAUCACCCAUCUCAGCCUCCUUCUGCUCAACCUACUCCUAUCCAACAAACUUCUAGUAAAGGAUCACCAGCCACUGCAAAUUCAAAUACUGCUACCCCUGCUCCUGCUACUUCUGCUGUCCCAGUUUCUGCCCCUAUACCAACUAAUGGAACAGUCAAACAUGAUUUAGAAGAUAAGUCAGAUGAUAAGAUAUUGAAAAAACAUAUAACAAAUGCUACUUCUGCAGGUCAACUUCAACCUCAACCUCAACCUCAACCUCAACCCCAACCUCAACCCCAACAGAAGAAUACACCAAACUCUUUUAGCUCUUUGAUGAAUGCUGCAAAUGCCGCAGCUUCCGAAUCAAGUGCAAGUCCAAUCGAAAAGCCUUCUGGUGUAAAGAGUGAACCUAAUGCUGUGAAUUCAAACAGUAAAGAUAAAUCUGAAAAUAAAUCACCAACUCCUCCUGUUUCUGCUCCGGCUGUACCCCAAUUCUCUUCAAAUGUAAACGGUGAAACCUCCAAAAAUGAGAAAAACGAGGAAAAGAAAGAAAAUGGAGCUAAAGAUGAAGAUGAAGAGGAUGAUGAAAAAGAAAAGAAAGAUGAACCAGUAGAACCUCCUAUGAGAAAAGUUGAUGAAGAUGAAAAUUACGAUGAUGAAUAAUUCCAAUUCCGCUUACAUUGUGUGAUGACUCUACAUUUUAAGAUAUUCAAAACUCAUCCC